CCCCUUUCUCCCCAUCUGCCAUUUUGGUUUUGUUCCCGUCUGCAGUCGCAAAGCCAGCAACGCAAUUACACAGAAGAGACUCUCGGCACAACGACAUAGUGACUCGACAAUAUAGUGCAGACCAUCCCCAAUCCCGCAUCGCGUUUCUUUCUUUUGUACGAACCGUCGAAUUUACUGCCAUCGAUAUUACUGACAUCUAGACACUGCGGGAGAGGAGCGGGUUCGCAUUGGGAAGGGACUGAGAAGGAUUAUUGAUGUCCAGCUCGCCGCUGUCCAAGAAGCGUCGCUUGUCAGACACAGAGACGAAGACGGGAUCCCACUGCUCCUCCUCUAACUCUGUCAGAACUGAUCUGUCCCACACACCUGCCAACGGCAUGGCUAAGAAUGGCAAUGAUGCUGAGAUCGAUGAAGGCCUCUACUCCAGACAGCUUUAUGUGUUGGGCCAUGAGGCUAUGAAGCGCAUGCAGAACUCCAAUGUCCUCAUCUCUGGUAUGAGAGGUCUGGGAGUGGAGAUUGCCAAGAACGUCAUCCUGGGAGGAGUUAGAAGUGUCACUGUGCACGACCAAGGAGUUGCAGAAUGGAGAGAUCUCUCCUCUCAGUUUUACCUGCGUGAGGAUGACCUGGGGAAGAACAGAGCGGAGGUGAGCCAGCACCGUUUGGCCGAACUCAACAACUAUGUCCCGGUGACCGCCUAUACUGGAGCCCUCGCUGAAGACUACCUGACCAAGUUCCAGGUGGUGGUGCUGACUAACUCCGAUCUGGAAGAGCAGCAGCAUGUCGGGGACUUCUGCCACAGCAAAGGAAUCAAGCUGAUCAUCGCAGACACACGUGGUCUGUUUGGCCAACUUUUCUGUGACUUUGGUGAGGAGAUGAUAGUGUACGACACCAACGGAGAGCAGCCCCUGAGUGCCAUGAUUUCCAUGAUCACCAAGGACAAUCAAGGGGUUGUGACUUGUCUGGAUGAGGCUCGCCAUGGCUUUGAGAGUGGAGACUAUGUCACCUUUACUGAGAUUCAGGGUAUGACCGAGCUGAAUGGCUGCCAGCCAGUGGAAAUUAAAGUUCUGGGUCCCUACACCUUCAGCAUCUGUGACACAACUGGCUUUACAGAUUAUGUAAGAGGAGGAAUUGUUUCCCAAGUCAAGAUGCCCAAGAAGAUUGCUUUUAAAUCCUACUCUUCCUCUUUGGCUGAGCCAGAGUUUGUGAUGACAGACUUUGCAAAAUUCGAGCGCCCAGGACAGCUGCAUGUGGGCUUCCAGGCUAUCCAUGCCUUCCAGAAGAAACACAACCACCUUCCUGUACCUUGGAGCCAGGCUGAUGGUGAGGAGCUACUGGCGUUGGUCAAAGAGGUGAACUCUGCCCAGACGGGGUCAGCCAAAUUGGAACAGUUGGAUGAAGCUCUUCUCAAAAAAUUGUCAUUUGUUGCUGCUGGUGACCUGGCCCCUGUCAAUGCCUUCAUUGGGGGUCUGGCUGCACAGGAAGUGAUGAAGGCAUGCACAGGAAAAUUCAUGCCCAUAAUGCAGUGGCUGUACUUUGAUGCCCUGGAGUGCCUGGCUGAAGAGGAAGGAGUCAUACUCACAGAGGAAGAGUGCGCCCCUAGGAACUGUCGAUAUGAUGGGCAGAUUGCAGUGUUUGGUUCCAAGCUGCAGGAAAUUCUUGGCAAACAGCGCUACUUCCUGGUCGGAGCAGGUGCCAUUGGCUGUGAGCUGUUGAAAAACUUUGCCAUGAUUGGACUGGCAGGUGGAGAGGGUGAGGUCAUUGUGACAGACAUGGACACCAUCGAGAAAUCCAAUCUCAACAGACAGUUCCUCUUCAGACCCUCAGACGUGACGAAAAUGAAGAGUGACACAGCUGCCGCUGCAGUGAAGCAGAUGAACCCCUCAAUCAGAAUCACAGGUCACCAGAACAGAGUGGGUCCUGACACAGAGAGAGUCUAUGACGACGACUUCUUUGAAAGCCUUGAUGGAGUGGCCAAUGCACUUGACAAUGUUGAUGCACGUAUGUACAUGGAUCGGAGGUGUGUGUACUACCGUAAACCCUUACUGGAGUCUGGUACUCUGGGUACCAAAGGCAACGUCCAGGUUGUGAUCCCGUUCCUCACAGAGUCGUACAGCUCCAGCCAAGACCCACCUGAGAAGUCCAUCCCCAUCUGUACCCUCAAGAACUUUCCAAAUGCCAUUGAACACACACUGCAGUGGGCCCGUGAUGAGUUUGAGGGAUUAUUCAAACAGCCCCCAGAGAACGCCAUGCAGUACCUCACAGAUCCAAAGUUCAUGGAGCGUACUCUGAAACUUCCCGGAGCUCAGCCUGUGGAGGUUCUGGAGGCUGUUUACAAGAGUCUUGUCACAGACUGCCCCCACAGCUGGGCCGACUGUGUAGCCUGGGCACGCAAUCACUGGCAGUGCCAGUACAGCAACAACAUCCGCCAGCUACUGCACAACUUCCCCCCAGAUCAGCUCACCAGCUCUGGUGCCCCCUUCUGGUCCGGCCCAAAGAGAUGUCCUCACCCUCUAGACUUCAGCACUAGCAAUGAUCUGCACAUGGACUAUGUAUUGGCAGCAGCCAACUUGUAUGCCCAGACAUACGGUGUGCCAGGCAGCACCGAUCGUGCAGGUGUGGUCAAGAUCUUGCAGGAUGUCAAGGUGCCACAAUUUACCCCUCGUUCAGGGGUUAAAAUUCACGUGUCUGAUCAGGACCUGCAGAAUAGCAAUUCCUCUGUUGAUGACUCCAGACUGGAGGAACUGAAGGCCCAACUUCCUCCCGCUGAUUCUUCCCAGUUCAAACUCAGCCCCAUUGACUUUGAGAAGGAUGAUGACACCAACUUCCACAUGGACUUCAUUGUAGCAGCAUCCAACCUGAGAGCAGAGAACUACGACAUUCCCCCCACAGACAGACACAAGAGCAAACUGAUCGCUGGCAAGAUCAUUCCUGCCAUCGCCACUACCACGGCCGCAGUGGUGGGCCUGGUGUGCCUGGAGCUUAUCAAAAUUGUCCAAGGACACAAGAAGCUGGAGACAUUCAAGAAUGGCUUCAUGAACUUGGCCCUGCCUUUCUUUGCCUUCUCUGAGCCCAUUGCUGCUCCCCGACACAAGUACUAUGAAAUUGAUUGGUCGUUGUGGGAUCGCUUCGAGGUCACAGGGUUGCAGCCCAAUGGGGAGGAGAUGACACUCCGACAGUUCCUGGACUACUUUAAAAACGAGCAUAAGUUGGAGAUCACUAUGCUUUCUCAGGGAGUGUCCAUGCUCUAUUCCUUCUUCAUGCCUGCUGCCAAACUCAAAGAGAGACUGGACCUGCCGAUGACGGAGAUUGUGACUAAGGUGUCCAAAAAGAAGCUGGGCAAGCAUGUGAAAGCCCUGGUGUUUGAGCUAUGCUGUAACGACUUGUCAGACGAAGAUGUGGAAGUGCCCUAUGUCAGAUACACCAUCCGCUGAGCUCCACACUGUACCCGCCCACAAGAGGGUUGGGAUUGCAGGGGAGGGGGAGGGGGGUAGGGACAGGGUGGGUGUUCUUAGUGAGGAGUUGAGGUGGGGAUUGGGGGGGUGGGGUUGGUUGAUCCAGGUCAGCUCUAUUGGAUCAAUCAGUUUUUUUUAGGCCUGUGGUUUGUGUAAACCUGUGCCUGAGUGUACAUAGCCCCAGUAAGCUGAUUUAAGGAUACCUGUAUGUGUGUUUAGGGAUCCAGUUGGUGCUCGGCUGUGGGAACAGGGGUGUCACAGGAGGAAGGGAGCAUGUAUACUGGACCUCCUGAAGUUUCUCAGUAGCAGAACCUCUCCGCUUAAUUCUAAGCCUUAGUGUUCUCUUGGCACUCAGUAGCCCCCAGCUAGUGUCCCUCUGAAACAUCCUCACACUCGUACUAUCCUUCAGCACUAAAGGAGGGAUUUUUAAUCCAGCAAACUGUCUCCCCUCCACUCUACUUGCUCUCUUCCCUCCUCCAACCCCUGUCUCGUAGACCUGGUCCCACAUUAAUGUUUUUUUCUUUUGUUUGUUGUGUUUUUUGUUUUGUUUUUUAAGAUCCACCUCCAUUAAAUAAAAGAAGCCAAGAAUCCCAGAAAUAGUUACAGAUGUAUUGAGAAUCCAUUUUGCCCCCAGGUCAUAUCACUGCCCUUAAUUCUACCCAAGACCCCAAAUUUGAAACUGUACAAGCACCUGAAGACAAAGCCUAAACCUGAGUCUACAGCCUCUCCUAACUGGAAAAUAAUCAGAGUAUCUCAUACCGGGCAGAAGAAGCAACCCUUGCCGGUUUGAGGCACCCCUGCACCCACCUCAUCCAGCACUUUGUGGCUUUGGUGGGGCUCUUGCACAUGACAUCAGUUUUCUCUUUUAUUUUCUUUAUAUUUCAUGUGUUUUGUUAAUUACUUUUAUUUUUUUUUGGGGGGGGGGGUGGACAAAAUUUUGGCACACCUUGUAGAUCAUAAACUGUCUUCUUUCUACUUUGUUAACUCCAAAUGACAUUACAGUAUAAGAACAAGGCAAUGAGAUGUAUCUUGAAAUGGGAGCACUUAGUGUGAUAGUGAAUAAACAUGUAAAAACAUA